CUUCCGGGAACUCUCAUGUGAUCGGCAGCAUCAUUAUGGCGGAAGCAGAGGAGAAGGAGCCCAGGUCUAAUGAAGAAUCUACAGAUGAGUCUGAGGAAGAUGACAGUGAAGAAGAACCGAAGCUGAAGUAUGAACGACUUUCUAAUGGGGUUACAGAAGUUCUUCAGAAGGAUGUAGCCAGUUUCAUGACAGUACAUGAGAAGUUUUUGGCACUUGGAACACAUUAUGGCAAAGUUUAUUUACUUGAUGUCCAAGGGAACAUCACCCAAAAAUUUGACAUUAGUCCUGUUAAGAUCAAUCAGAUUAGCCUGGAUGAAAGUGGAGAGCACAUGGGUGUAUGUUCUGAAGAUGGCAAGGUGCAGGUGUUUGGAUUGUACACAGGGGAAGAAUUUCAUGAGACAUUUGACUGCCCAAUUAAAAUUGUUGCAGUUCAUCCUCAGUUUGUGAGAUCGCAUUGCAAGCAGUUUGUAACUGGAGGAAACAAAUUACUGCUAUAUGAAAAGACAUGGAUGAACAGAUGGAAACCUUCUGUUUUACAUGAGGGAGAAGGAAAUAUUAGAAGUGUCAAAUGGAGAGGAAAUUUGAUCGCUUGGGCCAAUAAUAUGGGCGUGAAGAUACUUGAUGUGAUUGCUAAGCAAAGAAUCACCAACGUGCCCCGAGACGAUAUAAGCCUCCGUCCUGAUAUGUAUCCCUGCAGCCUUUGCUGGAAAGAUAAUUUAACACUGAUUAUUGGCUGGGGAAAUUCAGUAAAGAUAUGCUCAGUAAAAGAACGACAUGCCAGUGAAAUGCGUGACCUGCCUAGUCGUUAUGUGGAAAUCGUGUCCCAGUUCAACACUGAAUUUUUCAUCAGUGGAGUUGCACCCCUCUGUGACCAGCUUGUCAUACUUUCUUAUGUAAAAGAAAUUUCAGAGAAAACUGAAACAGAAUACUGUGCCAGGCCUAGGCUUGAUAUAAUUCAGCCAUUUCCCGAAUCUUGUGAGGAAAUCUCUUCUGAUGCACUCACAGUGAGACGCUUUCAAGAGAAUGAGUGCCGAGAUUAUUGCUUAGAGUAUUCAGAAGGUGAAUCACUCUUUUAUAUCAUCAGUCCAAGAGACAUUGUUGUAGCCAAAGAACGGGACCAAGAUGAUCACAUUGAAUGGCUCUUAGAAAAGAAGAAAUAUGAAGAGGCUUUGAUGGCAGCUGAGAUCAGUCAGAAGACUAUUAAGAAACAUAAGAUUCAGGACAUAGGUUUAGCCUACAUAAAUCAUCUAAUGGAAAUUGGAGAAUAUGAUCUGGCUGCUCGAAAGUGCCAGAAAAUACUUGGCAAGAACACAGAUUUGUGGGAAUUUGAAGUACAUAGGUUUAAAGAAAUUGGACAACUUAAGGCAAUCAGCCUCUAUUUGCCAAGACAGGAUUCCAUCCUAAAGCCUUUCAUCUAUGAAAUGGUUCUGCAUGAAUUUCUGGAGAGUGACUAUCAGGGGUUUGCAACAUUAAUUAAGGAAUGGCCUGGGAAUCUCUAUAACAACGCAAUAAUUGUGCAAGCUGUAGUAGAUCGUCUGAAAAAAGAUCCACAGAACACAGCUUUGCUGAAGACACUUGCAGAGUUGUACACCUAUGACCAACGCUACAGAAAGGCCCUUGAAAUUUACCUCACACUGAGACAUAAAGAUGUUUUCCAGCUGAUCCACAAACACAAUCUUUUCAGCUCCAUCAGAGACAAAAUUGUUCUGCUAAUGGAGUUUGAUUCAGAGAAAGCAGUGGAGAUGCUUUUGGACAAUGAAGAUAAAAUCUCAAUUGAUAAAGUUGUGGAAGAAUUAGAUGAAAGGCCUGAACUGCAGCAUGUGUACUUGCAUAAACUGUUCAAGAGAGACCAUCACAAAGGACAGAAGCAUCAUGAGAAACAAAUCAGCCUCUAUGCUGAAUAUGACCGGCCAAAUCUGCUUCCAUUUCUAAGAGACAGCACUCAUUGCCCUUUAGAAAAGGCUCUUGAAAUCUGCCAGCAAAGAAACUUUGUAGAAGAAACAGUUUAUCUUCUGAGCAGAAUGGGCAAUAGUCGAAGUGCCCUGAAGAUGAUCAUGGAAGAAUUAAAUGAUGUUGACAAAGCAAUUGAAUUUGCUAAGGAGCAGGAUGAUGCAGAACUUUGGGAAGACCUCAUUUUAUAUUCCAUUGACAAACCACCUUUUAUCACUGGCUUGUUGAACAAUAUCGGGACUCACGUUGAUCCUAUCCUCCUUAUCCACCGCAUUAAGGAAGGCAUGGAGAUUCCCAAUUUGAGAGAUUCCUUGGUGAAAAUUCUCCAGGAUUAUAAUUUACAGAUUCUGCUUCGGGAGGGGUGCAAGAAGAUUCUUGUUGCUGACUCACUCUCCUUGUUGAAAAAGAUGCAUCGAACACAGAUGAAAGGGGUCCUUGUGGAUGAGGAGAAUAUCUGUGAAACAUGCCUUGCCCCUAUACUGCCUACAGAUGCAUCUAAAUCUUUUAAUAUAACAGUGUUUCACUGCAGGCAUAUGUUCCAUAAAGAGUGUUUUCUUGAACCCAGCACAGAGGCUUCAGCACACUUCUGCAACAUCUGCAGUGCGAAGCGUCGUGGGCCAGGCAGUGCCAUCUUGGAGAUGAAAAAAUAGCCCUCUCUAGCAUGCUGAGAGCUUACACCUCUAUAUGUGUGAUGACUUUAAUUUGCUACAGAAGAGCAGUGUUUACCUAUUAACGCUUUUUAAGCACUGUGCAUAUAUUUCCUAUAUGGCUUUAAAGUGUUAAAAAGACAAAAAGAAGUCUGUUGUUGCUUGACACAUUGUUGCAAAGUUCAAAUGUGGUCAUCAAAAUGCUUGGCUUCAUCUGUAUUGAGGAAUGAAAAGUAAACAUGUAUAACAAUUCAUUGAAUUGAUAUAGUCUCUUUACAAAGCUAAAGCUAAACUAUUCAGUUUCAAGUCACAUUUGAUAUUACAAUGUGUACAGCAAGAUGAACUAGUUAGGUUUCAUAUGCAGGAACAUGAACACACAGAAAAGACUGUUCACUGAUAUCAGUGAUCAAAUUCUUCCUUCAUUUACACCUUUUCCCCUCUCCCAGGACCCAAAACAAAGGUGCAGCUUCUAAGAUAGCCGCAUGAUAUCUGCUGAUUCAGAGCAAGGAAUGCAACUAACAUUUGGCAGAUGUUAUAUUUCAGGCAACUGAAGAACAAUAAGUGCAAGCAAAAAAAACCCCUAAUAAGAGUCGUAACAAUUUGUGAACGGUCUUGUACAACAUAUGGAACAGUUUGUGGAGUGGCUUGUGCAAAUGCAUUAACUACUGGAUUUUACACUUGUGCAAGGAUGGAAGUAGGGAUGCUAAAAGUGGCAGAAGCUUUGUGCUACUGGUAUAAUGCCACUGGAUGCAGCUGAAAGGAUUUAUCUACCUUCCUUUUCCAAUACCAAGUGUGGCCAACCACUUACCUUCAGAAAACUUAAGAAUAUGAAAUAAAGACAAGAGCCCUUCCUUGUGUUUCUUGCCAACAUCUGCUCUUUCGAGAUACGCUGCUUCUGGAAUUGCCCUUUCCACUUAGAGCUAUUCAAAAUAGUCUUCCCCAGCCUUAUCACUCCAAACGUUGAAAAACAUAACCCCCAUUGGCCAUGAUGUCUGUGGCUUAAAGAUAGUAUAGGACAAAAUAUCUGGAUGGGGACUGUUUGAAAAAGGCUGAAUGGUGAGCAUCAAAAGGCUGGUAAAUAUUUCAUAUACACACAACAUUUAUUUGGUUGUUGGGCAACUUAUGGGUGUAUGUCUGGCAGAAUGAACACAACUCCUUGUGUGGAGUAUGCAUUUUAUAUGCAAAAGAUCACAGGACGAAUUCCUAAAGUCUUCACUAAGUUUAAAUAUUCUAGGCGGCAGGAGAUGCAAUGAAGUCCACCUAGGGUCCUGAGAUCAGAGCUGCUGAUAGUUGUGGUAGACAAUGUACAACUAGACAGGCAAGCCUGACCUGUUAUAAUGCAGCAACCUGUGGCAAUACAUGUGUAAGUAUGGUUUCCUCACAAAGCUUGUCAGACACAAAUAAUGCAUUAGAUUCAAACUUAGCUAUACUUAGAGAAAACCCAUUGAAAUCAAAUGAGUCUUGAUCCAAACCAAUAUGCUGUAUUUAUUGUAUUGGUGUGUCAUAAAAUUUGCUAUGUGCCAGCAAGUUGUCCUAAUUUGUCAAAACCCUAAUAGGGUUUUCAAAGUAUAUGAGAUAUUCAAGGAAUAGUUCACCAUUGCCACCUGCCAGUUAGUUUUCUAUGGCCAUGCUGGGACGUGAACCAAAGUUUCUUGAGCUUUCGUCCAGCACUCUAUCCAUUCUACCUCACUGGUUCUUGUGCUGGGCCAAAUUGUUCAUAAAGUGUGUGGGCACAUACAAGUUUGCUUCCCAUGUUGCACUCUGUUUAUCAUCAUUUACCAGGGGACUAUGUAUUUAUUUUAUGUCUAAACCAGUCACAGGCUCCUUUUAUCCAGUGUGAUCAUCCUCUAACAAUUGCACAGGUUCAGGAGGGACAUACAUGAAGCAUGAAGGGACACCCAUCUAGACAGGCAAACCAACCCUAGUGAUUAAUGGCAUAACAGUUGUCAUAACCAGAUCACUUUCACAGCCAGUCACUUUGUCCCUUCACAUGAAGGAGACAGCUGCAAUAAAGGAGCAAAACAUGUAUUCUGUGUCAUGGAGGGCUGUGGUGUUUACUGACAUUUUCUUUAUUAUGAGAUCAUUAUAAAAUAUCUCAGUUGGAUGUCAAUGUCCCUAUGCAUUCCCCACAGGCUUUACAGUAGCUGUGGUACUGUAGUCCUCUUUUCUGGCUUUGAAUAGGUACCUCAUACAAUUUAUUAUCCUGUCAGUAGAAAUAAAACAGAAAUAUCUUAAAAACCUAUCUAGAUAAAAGUGGAUGGAAUUAAAGGGCAAGGUUUUAAUGUUAUGUGACCAUGUAUUGCCCUAUGUCCCUUGCGAUUAAAGCCCAUUUUUUCUGAGCGAUAUACUGGUACUCUCAUCUGGAUUACAUAAUCCCAAAUGUCUGCGUAUUGUUUACAUGUACCCAUCUGUCUUGUUCAAAUUUGUGGAUUGUUAUACAAUAAUACAGUCAUACAGGCUUUAAUUAAAAUCCUAGUAAAGCAUCCUUUAAGAAUAAUGCAUUCUUUAUCCUCUUUUCCAGAACCUAUGAGUGCAGUAAUACCUGUUUUCAUAGCAUCUGUAUGAUCCUAUAUACAGAACUGGAUAGUGAGACAUAAAACUUCCUAAUCAAUGCUUUGAUUGUAUUGAGUUAUUUAUGUCCAGUUGUCAUUGUUGUAUUGUGCUUUUUCUUUUUCUGAGUAAAUAUUAUUAACACAUGAA